AUGUCAGGCGGCAGGCCUAUAACUAUCAGGGAUAAUGCCGUGAGUAAUUGCCCUUGUACGUUAUUUACUCAUAGACAUAUAACGCGGCACAAAGGUGUGGAGCCGAGAUCGAUACCCAAAAGAAGUAUGCUGCUGGCUCCAACCGCCAGCACGUGGCCGCUGUGAGUUCGGCAAAACUUGAGGAGGAAAGCGAAGACUUCCACAUCGAAACAGUUCACCGGGAUGUUGGUCAGCUGAUUGCGAUGGCAAGACAAAAUUGCAAUCUUACUCAGAAAGACUUGGCCACCAAAAUUAACGAAAAACCCCAAGUACCUCCUUUAGACACUGAAUAUCUUUCAGGUCAUCGCUGAAUAUGAACAAGGGAAGGCGAUCCCCAACCAAGCAAUACUAGGGAAGCUGGAAAGAGCUUUGGGUAUAAAACUGAGAGGAAAAGAUAAAGGAGCUCCUUUUGCAAAAGGAUCGAAAAAGUGAUCAGCAGCCAUCCAUCCAAUACCUUCGCCAACUUGCUUGCGCCUUCGGUUUUUACAUUUAGCUUUGAAGAAGGCAAUUGUGCAUGCAAAUUUGACCUUAUGACUGCACAAUGUUACCGUGUUCUCAUGCAGUAUGCAUCUUGGAUUGAUGUUCUUGCCUUUUGGCCAUCAAAGUGCGUGGUUAUAUCCCGUAUUGACUUUGUCUAACUCCCGAUACAUCGCCUUUUACCCGAAUACGUUUUCUGCUCAUUGUUGGGUUCAUAUUUGUGGAGCGGUUCUGCUAUUUAGUGACCACAUUCGACGUACAGCGUGUUUCGCUGAGUAGUUCUGGUUUAUUGUACGUGUCCCAUGGUCGAAAUAUAGCUUAAACCAUGUCUCCAAGAUUCACAUGACCUAUGCAAUCCUCCGUCACUUUCGACACCGGUCCUACGUUCCCUCGGUCGCAAGUGAAUGCAGAGCUUUCCCAUUUGUUAGUGUUAUUGGGUAUACGAGAAAUCCACCUGUUACCUGCCAGAGACGUCCAGAAAUCUACUGACCGUCACUUAUACCUGCCGAAAAAUACUUCAACGCAGAUUUUAGGCGGUAAGUUAGAGUGCUAUAAUCUUAGUGUAGGGUUGUAUCGUCUUUUCUGAAAACCUCGGUCUUUUAAUUGAGUUAUACAGCCUCAAAUAUCCCGUCUUUCUACAGGGCCACCUGUAACUCAACUGGCCCUGAGUUCCUGUUAUUCCUCGGUUUGGCAGUCCUGA